AUGCAAUAUGCUCAGUCCUGCAACCUUAUUCGUCUACCUCAUCCGGGACCGGAUGGGCCAGAUAAGUCGAAACAUUGUGCUUAUCAUCGGUGUGCUGAGCAUGACACGGAGGAUUGCACCCAUCUGAAACAAUUGUUGGAAGACUUGCUCCAAUUAGGGAAGUUGGAUAAGUGUGUGGGGAAGAGAGAAGAGAGUAAAAAACCAUCUGACAGGAAGGAUCACAGACGCUCCCAUCGCCCUGAUCGAUCAAACCAAGACCGGAGAGAUCAAGGUCGGCGAGAUCCCGAUCCACCUUCGAGUGGUUGGCAAACCUCAAAGCCGACCAUUCAUGUUAUAUUCGGGGGCUUGGAAGACGCUUCCCAAGCUCGAAACCCUUGCCCGGUCGCGAUUGUCGACUCCCAGGAAACUGGUAAGAGGCAAAAGAUGGAGCCGAUCACCUUUUCUUUGGAAGAUCAACCCGAGAGUGGAGACACCGGGAUGGAGGCGCUUGUUGUUACGAUCGACAUCAUGGGAGUCGACGUACAAAGGGUGAUGGUAGACACCGGGAGCAGUGUUAAUGUCCUUUAUUUGGACGUUUUUGAGAAGCUAAAACUUGACCGCCGGGAGCUGAUUCCGGUCGGUGUACCCCUAUCAGGAUUCACCGGGGCUACCAUUCGUCUUGAAGGGAAAAUCGUCCCCCCGGUCGAGCCAAGGACUCCGCCCAAGUCAGUCAAGACCGAGAUGGAAUUUGUGGUCGUGAAUCUUCAUUGCGUCCACAAUGUGAUCCUAGGCCGCCCGGCCAUUAUAUCUAUGCAUCACCUGUGCAUGAAGUUUCCCACCCCGGCUGGGGUCGGAGUUCUACGCGGUGACGUUCAGUCGACCAGGAAAUGCUAUACCCGAGCGGUUAGUCGGCGUGAAAGACCGGAAAGAAUAGCCAGAGCCAUCUGA